UUCAGAUGUCAGGGUGGGGGGAGGUUACCCGGAUGAAGAACACAUGUGAGUUCAGUGUAACUGCAGCGGCUCUAAAGCGGCUCCUCUUCUUAUAUCAUUCAGUCUGCUGUGCUGACGGACACGCGCAUCCCUUCAUUCACCUCCAGAUCACUCUGCAAAAUGCUGCGUUUACCCAGUGUAAUGAAACAGAUGAGGCCAGUGUGCAGGGUGCUGGCCCCUCACCUGACCCGUGCAUAUGCCAAGGACGUCAAGUUUGGAGCAGAUGCCCGCGCCCUCAUGCUCCAGGGUGUUGACCUGCUGGCUGAUGCUGUGGCUGUCACCAUGGGACCAAAGGGUCGCACCGUUAUCAUCGAGCAGAGCUGGGGCAGCCCCAAAGUCACCAAAGACGGUGUCACAGUCGCCAAAAGUAUCGACUUAAAGGAUAGGUAUAAAAACAUAGGGGCUAAGCUGGUACAGGACGUGGCCAACAACACUAACGAGGAGGCUGGAGACGGUACCACAACCGCCACAGUUUUGGCCCGUGCUGUUGCCAAGGAGGGAUUUGACACCAUCAGCAAAGGCGCCAACCCUGUGGAGAUCCGCAGAGGAGUCAUGUUGGCGGUGGAGGAAGUCAUCAAUGAACUCAAGAAACUCUCCAAGCCAGUUACAACACCAGAGGAAAUCGCUCAGGUGGCCACUAUUUCUGCCAACGGAGACACCGAAGUUGGUACCAUCAUCUCUAAUGCUAUGAAGAAAGUGGGCCGCAAGGGUGUUAUUACAGUGAAGGAUGGAAAAACCCUACAUGAUGAGCUUGAGAUCAUUGAGGGCAUGAAGUUCGACCGUGGCUACAUUUCUCCUUACUUCAUCAACACAGCUAAAGGCCAGAAGUCUGAGUUCCAGGAUGCUUAUUUGCUUUUGAGUGAGAAGAAGAUCUCCAGCGUACAGAGCAUCGUGCCAGCACUGGAACUUGCCAACCAGCAUCGCAAACCUCUGGUCAUCAUUGCUGAAGAUGUGGACGGAGAGGCACUCAGCACUCUGGUCCUCAACAGGUUGAAAGUUGGACUUCAGGUCGUGGCAGUCAAGGCUCCAGGAUUUGGGGACAACAGGAAAAACCAGCUGCAGGAUAUGGCAAUUUCCACUGGAGGCACGGUGUUUGGUGAUGAGGCUGUGGGUCUAGCUGUUGAGGAUAUCCAGGCACAUGACUUCGGCAGAGUCGGCGAAGUCAUUGUGACAAAGGAUGACACUAUGCUCCUCAAAGGCCGUGGUGAUCCAGCAGCCAUCGAGAAGCGUGUGAAUGAGAUCGCUGAACAGUUGGAGAGCACAAACAGUGACUAUGAGAAGGAGAAACUCAACGAGCGGCUGGCCAAGCUCUCCGACGGAGUGGCUGUGAUUAAGGUUGGAGGAACAAGUGACGUCGAAGUGAAUGAGAAGAAAGACCGUGUCACUGAUGCGCUGAACGCCACUCGAGCUGCUGUGGAGGAAGGAAUCGUCCUGGGAGGAGGAUGUGCCCUGCUGCGCUGCAUCCCAGCCCUGGACAACAUCAAGCCAGCCAAUGAUGAUCAAAAGAUUGGUAUCGACAUCAUUCGCAGAUCGCUUCGUAUUCCAGCAAUGACUAUCGCAAAGAAUGCAGGAGUUGAAGGCUCUCUGGUGGUGGAGAAGAUCUUGCAGUCUGCUCCAGAGAUUGGAUAUGAUGCAAUGAAUGGAGAAUAUGUCAACAUGGUCGAAAGAGGCAUUAUUGACCCCACAAAAGUUGUGAGGACUGCACUGCUAGAUGCUGCAGGCGUUGCAUCGCUGCUGUCUACUGCUGAAGCCGUCGUCACCGAGAUACCAAAGGAGGAGAAGGACAUGCCAGCUGGAGGAAUGGGUGGAAUGGGAGGCAUGGGGGGCAUGGGAGGCAUGGGAUUCUAAACCCAUCUGCACUGACUUUAGUGAAAGGGUUGUGGGCAGGGGACAUGAUUUGCCCGUCCCUUUCGACUUGGAAAAACCUGCCGAAAAUUGAGUGCUGGUGGUCUGAUCAUGGAGCAAAAGAAAUGGACCUUACAGUCUCCCAUCCUUCCACCACCAUGUCCAAUCUUAUCUCUCUACUUGUGGCUGAAGACAUUACCCUACCGCUUUAAAGACAAGUUCUUGAUAAUGCGAACAGGGAGAGUCUGUCUGCCUUUGUUCUAUAACAUUGUGCUCACCAACGUCUAAUGGAAAGUGCAUUUAACGUACUGCAUACUGUCAUGCUGUUGUGUUGUAUGAAUGUCAUUGUUGCGUAUAGCUGGUUUUGAAUCAGACCAUCUGUAGGGGCUUUAAAAGCCAGAUGUUCCGGUUAAAGUUUGUCUUCAUGCGCAAGAAAGUAGUAGGAACUUUGACCAGUUAAAACAAAAAACAAAAAAAAACAAUUCCACUUCAUUGAUCAGUUCUGGGGGUUUUUUUGUACACCGUUCAUUGUUUCAUAUAAAAAAAAUAAACCACUCAUUUGAGGAUUACACAACUA